AUGUCCCGGCACCUCUUCUACUCUGCGGUGCUGCCUCUCCUCGUCGUGUUAUGCGGCAGUGGGGCUGCACACACUGUGCAGACGAAGACUGCCGUUGAUCCAUUCACAGGGAUCGGAUGGACAUCCUCUCAAUGGGAAGCCCCUACAAAAGUCAAUGAAACAUUAUUCUCGCUCCGCGUUCCCAGCCUUGUUGAGGUGAACAAUAACGUGUUCUUCGUUGCUGAAGCGCUGUGCAAGGAAAAAGGAGAAAGCCGCAGCCGUACUGGGAUUGCGUCAAGGCACCUCGAUCUAACUGAUGAUAAGCCAAAGGAGAUAUUGACGGAGGACACAAGUUUGGUGGUGCAGUUUCCAGAGGGUGUUGCGACGGGUACCGUCGAGGCAAAAGACACAAUGCGGCCAACGACAGUUGUUUCUGGCGACAGUGUCUACAUGCUUCUGAGAAAUCAGGGCGUUACACCGUUGGUGGGUAAAUCGGCUAAUGCACGUGACUGGGGGCUUUUGCUGGUAAAGGGAAGUGUCAGUGGUGGCAAUGGAAUCACGUGGAAUGAGACUCAUGCAGUGACGUUUGAAAACAAUGAAUAUGCUGCUAAAUUCCUGACCCAGUUGGUUUCUGGCGGAGGAUCGGGGAUUAAGACGAAGGACGGUACACUCAUGUUUCCCAUGCAGGCCACAAAGAACGAAAACACUUCAUUGCUGUCCAUGCGCUUUGAUAAGUCAGAGAAUAAAUGGAAGCUUUCGCACCAAACGGAUGUUGAUGGCUGCAGGGACCCGACCAUCGUGGAGUGGGGAGAUGACAGAUUCCUCAUGAUGGCUUCUUGUGAGCGAGGUUACCGUGACGUGUACGGAUCCACUGAGAGUGGGCGGAGUUGGUUUCCAUAUGGUGAGACACUUACUCGCGUUUGGGGCAACUCACAUGAUCGAAAGGGGCACGGCGUCCAGAAUGCAUUCAUCAAAGUGACAAUUGAGGACAAGGAUGUGAUGCUCGUCACCCUGCCGGUGUAUCCGAAGGAGGACAAUAAACAAAAGGGUCGGCUCCACCUUUGGGUGACGGACAAUUCACGUGUGUAUGAUGUUGGGCCGAUAUCCCGUGAAGAUGAUGACGCUGCCGCGAGCUCGCUGUUGAUGAAGAGUGGGAAUGAAAAGUUGAUUUCACUGUACGAAAACAAGAAGGGUGAUGACGGAUCAUACAGUCUUGUCGCCUUGAGCCUGAGGGAGCAGCUGGAGCGGAUCAAAUCCGUGGUGAAGACAUGGUCAGCGUUGGACGGCGCCUUGAAAACAUGCCAUUCCGGUUCCAGCGCCACUGUCGACCCGAGAAAGAAGGGUAUGUGCGCUGGUCCUGUUCCCACCAAAGGGCUUGUUGGCUUCUUGUCUGGUAACUUCUCUGAUAACAAAUGGAGGGACGAGUACCUCUGCGUGAAUGCAACUGUGAAUAAUGGGGAGCCGAGGGUUCGCAAUGGAUUGACGUUCAAAGGACCCGGGGCAGGGGCGGUGUGGCCUGUUGGCAAAAUGGGGCAGACUGUACCGUACUACUUUGCAAACAACAAGUUCACUCUUGUGGCGACGGUGUCCAUCCACGAGGCGCCGAAGGAAGCCAGCAGCCCCAUUCCUUUGAUGGGUGUGAUCAUGAAAGACAACAGCAGCACGGCGCUCUUUGGUCUGUCGUACACCCACGAAAAAAAGUGGAGGUUCACACUUCCCAAUGGAACUUAUGGAGGUGUCGAAGAUGAUGAAGAUGAUGAAGAUUAUGAGGGUGCCGAAGAUGAUGAAGAUGAUGAAGUUGCCGAAGAUUAUGAAGAUUACGAGUAUUAUGAACAUGAUCAAUAUUACGAAGGUAAGUAUAAUUGGCAACCAAACAAAACAUAUCAAGUAAUGCUGCAAAUGAAUACCAAGGAGUGGUAUGUUUACGUUGAUAGAAUGCGGGUUUAUUCUGGGCACUACAACUGGGAUCUGUUUAAAGAUCACAGGGUCUCACACAUCUAUUUUGGCGCGGAGAAUAAGGAGGGUUCGGAAAGCAGCCACGUGACGGUGAGCAACGUCCUGCUGUACAACCGCAUAAUCUAUGGAAGAGGAAGGAAGAUGCUCAAUGCCAGCAAAGUCUCUAUUCCAAACCCUGGUGAGGAGUUCCUCACUGAGAAAGAGGAGGAAACACCAUCAUCACCUGAAGAGGGGAAAGCAGAGCAGGAAGUUGGGGAGGCGCUUCCACGGCCACAAUCCUCCGUGGAAGCACCUGAAGGCAGUGAUGCUGCCGCAGUGUCUUCUGGGAUCCGUGGCUCGCACGGAAAAAGGGAGGAGGAAACGGAGACGGAUGGCAGCGGCGAAUUGGCGUCUCCACCGGCCUUAUCGAGUGUGGGCACCUCUGCUCAUUCAGGCGACGACGGGAUGGGUGUCCGUGAGGGCACCACUCUGCAGGAAGAAGUGCCACCACCUCUUGGGACUGAAGACAUUCCGAAGGCCGACGUGGAGCGACCGAUCUACGAAGAAGAAGCGACCUCUCCGGAAUGGGCCACUGAGCGGCAGACGCAAGAAACCACUGCGCCUUUGGUUGAAAAUGGAGACGGUGAGGACGUUGGCACCGCAUCGGGUAAUGCAAGCACCCUGCCUGGGGAAACCGAGAUCCCAUCGGAGUCCAACGCAACAUCGCUCUCGGACCAUGGCAUUUUGCCUGAGCACGGGCAUUACAGCGAGUUGGCGGGCAUGGCUCUAUUUGCUGAGAGCACCGUGCAUGGGUGUGUGUCUCGGGUGCUGUUGCUGCUGCUGCUGGGGCUGUGGGGCACUGCGGCUCUUUGUUGA